UUUUAAUGCUUAAUCACUAUGAUACUACAGGACAUUGAAUAUGUAGACAUUGUACUUCUGGUUAACUUAAAACAACCUAAACAUCUGGUUUAUUACAGAACAUCCGUCCUAUUUUUUUAGAGCAUAAUGGAAUGUCCAAAAUGAAACGAGAAUGAAAGGUUAAAUACUGGAGAAAGAAAUUAAGUUCAGUUCCAUAACAUGUUAAACAGGGUACAGCUGUAAGACGGUCUGCCACUAACAAAGUCCAGUCAUGCCCUUGACAGUUCAUAAUCACCAAAUCGUUUAGGAAGUCCAAUACAUGUAGUUUGAGUUGGUCUCAGGCUUGUUUUAAGCAGAGGUGGGUUAACUGUCUGCUGCACUGAAAUUGGGCUAGCAAUUGGCUGAAGUGGUGCCACUGAUUCUGAUUCUGAUUCUGAAGUACCAUUCUCCUGGUACUUCUUAAGAAAAACAAUGACAUAUUCCGUUUUGUUUCCACACCAUCUUUCUUUCUUAUUGAGACUUCUCCUCUAUAUCUGUCUAUGACUUCACAAGUUUGGAGACUGUUUGUUUGUUUUGUUGUUUGUCAGUAAUACCAGAUCUCCAACUUCCACUUCAGUCUCAACUGCAUGUCUUUUUUAGUCCACGUAAUCUUUCUGUGCCAGCUUUCUUGUCCAGUCCUGGUCAUGGAUUUCUUCAUUGCUGACUGGUGCCUCACGUCUCAACUCUGGCAGGUUCAACUGCAUUUCUCUCCCAAACAUUAAGCAGAAUGGUACUACACCAGUUGUCUUUUGAGGAGUUGACCUGUGUGCAGUUAAAAAUUUUUCCUAUCCUUUCCUUCAAUUUGGGCUACCUGGAUCACUUUCUACCUCCCCAUUCUCUUGGGGGGCCACAGAGGGGGAGUUGUUCGGUGUUCUAUACUGUUUUCCACAAGGAAGGCUUUGAACUCCUCUGAAAUGAACCGAGGACGGUUGUCCAUUUUAAGUGUGUGGGGAAAUCCAAACCGAGUAAAUAUUGGCUUGAGGCUGUCAAUGACCUUUGUGCUUGAAGUUGACCUCAGGAUAACUACUUCAAAAUAUCUGCCAUAAUAGUCCACUAUAACAAGUAAAUUCUCUCCAGAGGGUAAAGGACCCAGUAUGUCUGCAGUACAAUCUUGCCAUGGUCCACUUAGUGGGUUAGCUUGUGCCAUAGGUUCUGGAGUGAAAUAUUCACUGACAGCUUGACAGCCAUGACAAGUAUUGCUUAAUUUUUUUUGCUUCUGCAGCUACCUUUGGCCACCACACCUUACUACGCUAUCUGCACUUUGUUUUCACUAUUCCUUGAUGUCCUUCAUGAGCCAAUUUCAGGACCUACUCCCGUAACACUUGGGGGAUUACAAUUCUCGAACCACGCAGCAGUAACUUACUAUAAGAACGCAGUUCAUUCUUCACAUGGAAAUAGGCAGGUACAUUAGAAGCACUCCAGUCUCCUGUACACAAACAUUCUUUCACAAGGCUUAUUUCUGGGCCUCCUGCUGAAGCUUUCUUGAUCUCAGAGGAUGUCAGAGCACAAGGAGUGCUAUUCUCAAAUACGUUGCAAACAUGGUCAUAGUGUUAUCCAUCACCACAGGGUACUCUACAAUUCAGCCUUGACAAUGCAUCUGCAACAUUGGUUCUUCCUGGUCUGUAGCUGACCUUAAGUCAUAGGCUGGCAAGUGGAGAACCCACUGUUCCACAUGAGCGGACGGCUUUGAUUUUGGUGAAUACAGUUAUGUAUUCCAGUUCAAAAUUCCUUCCAAAAAUGCACAUGUUAAAGUGUUCACAAGCCCACACCAGUGCCAGGGCUUCUCUCCACCUGGCUGUACCUCCUCUCAACAUCUGUCAGACCUCUUGAAGCAUAGGCAAUAACCCUCCACUCAACCCCUUUCAAUUGAAUCAACACUACCUCUAAACCAAUAGCAUCUGCCACAAGCCUUGUCUUACUGUUUACAUUGAAGUGAGCUAAUGCCACUGUACUUGUGAUCAGUUCCUUUAACUCAAAUGAAGCCUGUUUUUGUGACUGCCACUUGAACUCCACAUUCUUGUGAGUUAAUCUCUGGAUGGGCUCUGCAACAGUUGACAGGUCUGAAUAAACUAAGACACAAAUUAAGCCAGACCUAGGAAUGAUUGCUGGCGUACUGUGGUGGAUCUGUAUUCCGGAUUGCUGCGAACUUCUCCUCACUAGUUUCUACCCCAUUCUGUGUCACUUGAUGGCCAAAAAAUGUCACUCGGACUCACGUUAAUUUGUCCCCAUUCAAUGUCAAACCCACCUCCUUUUACCAAUUGAGCACAACAAAAAGCCUCUCAUCGUGCUGCUCAAUACCCUUUCCAUGAAUAACUAGGUCAUCCACAAUAUUGAUGACCCCCUCACGACCACGCAAUACAUCCCGGAUAAUUUGUUGAUACAUUUUGUUUUUUCGGGUGCUACAGUCACCCCAAACAUGAAAAAGACUGCAGUGAGUCACAAAAUAAUGUUGUCACAUGAUUACUAUCCUCUGGAAGAAGUAUCUGACGAAAUCCCCACGUCAGGUCCACACAACUAAAUACUGUGCUGCCAUUCAAGUCUUGGAGAACUUCUUUAACUGUGGGGAUGGGCUGACGUUCUCUAAUAAUUAUUGCUUGGUUGGCACACCUCAUGUCAAUGCAGAUUGUAACAUCACCAUCAGGUUUGGGUGCAAUAACAAGUGAAGAGACCCGACUGGUUGGUCCCUCUGGUACUUCUUCUAUGAUCCCACAAGCCAACAACUCUAACUUUUCCUCCACUUUCUCUCUCACACCAAAUGGGAUUCUUCAGACAGUUUGUGGAUCCGGUUUUACAAAAGUAUCGACAUUAAGUUUCAACUUGUAGCCCUUCAAGAGCCCCCCCCCACUUAAACAGUUCCUUGUAUUUGCCCUGUAUAUCUUGGUCUGUGGUCUCUACCCAAACAUUGUUCACAGAAUGUAUGGGACCAAUGUGUAGUAGGUUCAGUUUUUCCACUGUCUCAGCAUAGUAGGGUCCUGCAUCUCCCUCUAUAACCACAAAGUCAGCUUCAACAGUAACGUUAGUGUCGGUACACAACAUGGGCUGUAAAUGUUCCUAAGGUUGGUAGUGGUUUGGUGUUCCCAUAUGCAAAUAAGACCCUGGCAUCUUUUCGGGUUUUGCACUGAAUUUCUGAGUCUUAAGCCACUCCCACAUUGGUUUGCCUAGCGGGGUGCUUGUUUCACCUGCGUCAACUAGAACAUUUGGCAAAUGGACACCUCCAACCUGCAGGGUUACUAUUCCACUACUCUGUCAUGUCUCAUCUCCGACAGAAAACACAUACUCAGGACCAGUGCUGGGACUUUCAUCCUGCUCUACACUUUUGCUCUCAUUGCCAUCACUAUCUAACCAUCCUGCAGGGUUACUAUUCCACUACUCUGUCAUGUCUCAUCUCUUACAGAAAACACAUACUCCAGACCAGUGCUGAUUGCCAUCACCAUCUCCUUGUCGCUAUCACUUAUCUUCUGCUCAACUUUCCUACCCCAGCUAUACAGACCUGGUCUUUCCCUCUCCGACACCACUUUAAAAUGACUGAUUUCUCCACACUGGUCACAUUCAUGACCCCUUCCAGGACAUCUAUCCCUUGCAAAACGGUCAUCCUGGCCGCAGUUAAAACAACCCCUCCUGUCACCUUUCCCAUUCAAUGCAGUAUCAGUGACAUUAUUGACCUGUUCUGAAUUAGUGUUCCCUAUUGCUACCAUUUGUAAAUCAACUGCUUCUUGAGCUCUAGCAGUUAUUAAAAGAUCAUGCAGAGUAAUGCUACCAUAUUUUUCGAGGAACUUUUGACUCGAAUUCGCAAAAUAACAUUUAUCAAUUAACUGAUCCAUGUGUUGAACAACUCUGUGGAGACCUAGCUCUCAAUCUAUGCCAUUGAGACUCAUGAUUAAAAGUGUUAAUAAUGGGCAGUUGACAAAGGAGAUUGAAGUGAAGACGUGUCCCCGUGGUGUGACUGGAAGCUAUCAAGUUGAAAAUUGGAGGGCAAGUAAAGUUAGGUGGCCUCACCUUGUCCAGUGUGAUUUCCUGUUGCCAGUAAAGGAUAGAUUGGUGGACUUUUUGAUUGGGGUUGAUUAUGCUGAUUUGUAUUACUUGUUUGUUGAUAUUCAUGGAAACAUGGGUGAACCCAUUGCUCAUUUGGGACCACUGGGAUGGAUUUGUGUUGGACAUGACCUGAUAGUAGAGGGCAGUCUGGAACAAGAACAUACACCAUCCAAACGUUGUUACUGGUAAUCAAGGAUACAGGGUGCACUGGUGGAACUGGAGGUUGUUGUGAGCUGGAUUAAACACUCAAGUGUUUUUGGGAGAUCGAGAGUUAUGGGUUGUUAGUAAGUGAUAGAAUUGUGUACACUGAAGAGGAGAGAAUCAUUGGUGUUGGACACAGUAAGCAGUUCUGCUCAUUACAAUGAUGGGAGGUACAAUGUUGCAGUGCCUUGGAAAGAACAGAGGCCUUGUUGACUGAACAGUCAACAAGUGGCAGAUCGAAUCCCACUUCGCGGCACUGAGAGAAUCCUGAAGAAAAACGGAUUUGUCGAGAAGGAUUAUCAGAAGGUUACUGACACUUGAGGAAAAAGGGUAUCUUCGCAAAGUUCAUGAGCCCCUGAAGUUUGUACUUGCGACACUUCCCAAUUGUUAAAUUGAGCAAGUCUACCACAAAAGCAAGGAUUGUAUUUGACUGUUCUGCAAAAUGUCAUGGCAUAUCCCUAAAAUUAAUGACAUCAUUCACGCUGGGCUAAAACUGCAGAGGGAGUUGUUUGAUAUUUUCCUCCGUUUCCACUGCAACCCAGUGUCCUUGUCUCCUGAUACAGAUUGAGUCGAGGGACCAACUGUUGUUCUGAAUCCUAUGGUGUCAUAAGGAAACAGUUUGCAGCCCAGAUGUUGAGUUCUGCAGUCAUUUUUGGAAAGAACUCAGCCAUGGAAGCCCAGUUCGUUGCACAGAAAAAACACUAGGCAUUACUGAAGCAAGUACCCAUUAGCUGCUGAAACUGUAUUUCAGUCUACCUAUAUGUAUGACUUGCUGGACAGUGUUGAAGGAGAAGAGAAAGGGAUUGAACUGUAUCAUCAUUAAGUGCACUGUGGGAAAAGGGGAUGUGCAUGCCAGGACAUAGGUUUCAAAUUAAGAUAAAGUAAUGGCAGUCAUACCAGCAGAAGACUAUGCCACGGAAGUCAACAUUAUGGACAAUAAUGAUAAAGUCACCACAACACUUGGACUGCAGUGGAAGAGAAAUGAAGAUGCAUUCAUAAUACCUGCAACACCUGUCCCGUCUGACUAUCCAAUUACUGAGAGUAAUGUUUUAAAGAAGGUUGCAACAGUCUUUGAUCCACUAGGUCUCGACUGGUCAGUCCCAUCAUCAUACAAGCAAAAAUUAUGCUCCAAAAAUUCUGCAGUCGAGGUUACGAAUGGGAAGAGGAAAUUGAAGAUGAAAUGGCUUACUGCAUACAGAACUGGUUUUCACAGCUGCCAUGUUUAAAGGAGGUCAAAGUUCCCUGGUGCCUGAGAAAACCACAGCCAGUGAAAUGUAAGGAAGUGGUAACCUUUGUUGAUGCCUCGCAGCAAGCUUAUGGAGCUGUGUCAUAUUUACAAAGCGAGUAUGAAGAGGGCUCGGUAACCACACAGCUGAUAGCCUCCAAGAGCAAUGUAGUGCCCGCCCACACCUAUUACUGUACCCAGGCUGGAAUUUUUUAGUGCCAUUGUUGGGUUGAGGUUAACCCCGUCUGUUUCAAGAGCACUAGAAGUACUGCAGUUGAAGGCUGCAGCCCGCUACUCUGACAGCAGGGCCAUUUUUGGUGGAUCCAAGGACGAGGGAGAGAUUUCCACCCCUUUGUUGCAUUGGCGAAAUACAAAUGUACACAGAUCCAGCUCAAUGGCUGCAUGUUCCCACUGAACAAAAUAUAGCAGACCCAUGCUCCAGAGGAAUUGGUCAAGUCGAACUUGCCAAGUCUCCUCUAUGGUGGGAUGGUCUUGAGUGGCUGAGUAAGAAGAAGAGUGAGUGGUAGAAGAUGCAGCCAGUAGACCAGCCCCCAACCAUCAUGCCAGAGAUGAAAACAGGAAAGAAACAGGAGACAGAGUUUACCACAUACAUGUACAUGUUGCUGCAGGCAAACCAACCACAGAAUGUGACUAAACUGUAUCAGACAGCUACGUACCACCGCCGGCUGGAGAUUGGAGCCAAAGCACUUCUCCAAUGGGAGCUGAUUAGUCCAUGUUUAUGCAAGAGUGAAGGAGAGCUGUUCUCAACAUGUCAAGAAAGCAAGAAAGGCAGAUCAACAAGGUUGAGGAUGAGGUGGUGCGGUCAUGCCAGCGUGAAGCGUUCAUGAACGAUUACAAGGCCUUAGUGUCUGGGAAGCCAUUGUGGCCUAAGAGCCCACUUUUCAAGCUGAACCCAGUGCUCGACGAGGAUGGCGGUAUCCGUUCUAAUGAAAGACUGCAAUUUGCUGAAAUUACCUGCCAUAUGGUGUACGAUUUCCUAAGUUACUGCUGCGAGGACACUGGGUUACAAAGCUCAUUGUUAAGCGUUACCAUGAACGGGCCAACCAUUCAGCAGGUACUGAUUUUCUGCUGUCCCAAAUAAGUGAGAAGUAUUGGGUAAUUGCAGUCCAUGGGGAGAUUCAAGAAUGGGAGGGAGAAUGCAGCAUGUGCAAACGAAGGAGGAAAAAGCCAUCAACACAGAUCAUGGAUGCUUCCUAAGAUCCUUCUUAGGUUCACCUUCCGUCCCUUUGACCAAACAGCAGUGGACUAUGCUGGGCCUGUUACCACAGUACAGGGAAGAAGUGUGCACCAUCAAAAGAGGUGGCUUUGCUUGUUUAUUUGCUUGUUGACUCUCGCAGUUCAUUUGGAAAUAGCAUUUGGUCUGGAUAAAGACAGCUUUUUGAAUGCCUUCACAGGAAAAACCAGCCAAAGAGUUGUGCCCAAGGAAAUGAUUGGUGACUGUGGGAUGAACUUCGUGGGAGUUGUCAGUGAACUGAAAUAACUAGUCAGUAAGUUGGACCAGAACAAGAUCCAGCAGGACAUAGCUUAUUGAGGGGUGAAGUGGAAUUUCAAUCUGCCAGUAACCGUUGAGGAGCUAAUUACUGCUGUUGCCACUAAACUCUCAAGCACUUACCUACCAGUCUGCUGAACCACGAGAUGUUGAACCACCUACCCCAAAUCAUUUCCUACAUGGACAGCUUGGUGACCAAUUUGCACCUGUAACUGUCGACACCACAGAGUUCAGCCCACGCAAACGAUGGCGAAAACUUUUCAUCAAUGCAAGUCUUGUGGAAAAAGUUGCUGGUUUGUUUGUCAACAGUUGGUGUUAAAACCUUGAUUACUUUUUUAAUUAAUGUUUUGUUAAAAAAAUGUAAUAUUUUUGGAUUAUUUGUUUCAUGCAUUUGCUUAGAUGUCCUAUUAGCCUGUCUGGAUAUAAUAGUGCUGAUUUUGUGAUCUACGAGGUACAUUUAUCUGGUUUUGCUAUCUAGGAGGAGAAAGAUCACCACACCAGGAACUACAUCGCUCCCCUAAUCCUUAUAAACAGUGGGUGGGUUCUUUAACACCCCACAGAAUUUAUAUCUGCAAGGGUUGCAAAAUGGGGCCUGUGGUUUAUCCUCCUUAUCCUAGAAGACUAGAAAGUCUAACUGUUUGCAGAUGUCUUUACAAAGGCAGCACUUUCUUCUCAGUUAUUUAAAGACCCUGAGUGUUGGUCUGGCCGGGGUUUGAACCAACGGCCUCCCGCUCAGCAGACUGGCGCUUAUCCAAUUGAGCUAACUGGGCGGCAGUUAAUAAUAAUAAGAAUAUAAUUAUAUUUCCAUACUGUAUGCCUGGCCAAAGAGGGACAUUCACUUACAGCUAUCAAGUCACUGAGUGACAAGUUCAUCAGAAGUCAUGAGAAACUGUAUGUCUCAACGAGUUUUUCCUUUUUUUUUUUUCUUUGUACCUUUUUAGACCAUCUGGCAGCUUGAUAGCUUCAUCCCAACGAAAACCCCAUAGACAUGAGAUCAUUUUCUUUGAAAGAAAUGGCCUUAGACAUGGUGAAUUCAUUUUGCCUUUCAACAAGAUGGAAGUACAAGUAAGCCUGUUUUCAGAUAUUUUAUGUGGCUAAAUGUGAUUUAAUUUAAACUCAAGACAAAUAAUUAUGCUGGCCAGCAGUUAGCCUGCGAGCAAGCUCUCCCGGGGUGCUCUGGUGUACCCCCCUGGGAGCAUCAAGAGAGCUUGCUCACAGGCUAGCAGUCGCAAUCUCUAACUGUAUAUGGGGGAGGGGGGCAGUCUUGGCUAUUUGCACAACUCUAGUAAUUUGACAGUGCUUUUACUGAGACGGGUCAUUUGGCUCACAUUGGCUUUGCUUGCAGUAGCUAUAGCUGUUUUGCUCCCAGCCCUCCCUUCCCUCUGGAUGCCCUUUGGAAAGUAUCUGCACAUUUCUCCACUGAGGUUCUCAGCGUGAUGGUGCCUGGUGGCUGUCACUCACAGGGUUUUCAUGGUUACUUUCUAGGCUCGCUUGUGGCUCCCUUCGGUUUCACCAGGCACCUUCCCCACACCCAUCUACAGUGUAUGUCGAUUGGUUUGAUGAUAAGUUACAAAAAGUGUUCAAUUUUAGUUGUGGGUUUACUUUGGCCAUGAAAUAAACAUGAAUGGUUUGCGGUACAUGUAUUAUUAAAUGAAUGAUCUGUGUUUUUUUCAAAGGUUGUGGAGCUGGCAUGGAAUGUAGAUUCAACAGUCCUAGCUGUGUGGGCAGUAGAAUUGCAGUCUCAGGAUUUACCUGAAUCACAGUUUGUUCCAAAGUCUUAUGGUAAAUUUAAGAGUCACUACAGUCGCAUACAAUAUAACAGCAUCCAUUCUUUCAUUUUAUGCAGUCCCUUGUGUCUGAUCUUUCCUUUAUGUCCAUUUUGAAAAAUUAAAUACACAUGAAUGCCUCUGGAAAAAAAGAUUCUAAGGAGAAACUGUCCAGUUGUCUUAGGUCUUGCAGGGCAGAAUGGCUUUAGGGUUAAUUAUCAGUACACAAAAAUUGAGUUUUGCGGAAUUUGAGUAUUGCCGUUAUAAAUAUGAAAAAUUACUAUGGAUAAGAAAUAUUCAGGGAAGCUUGCCCAUAGACUGAGAUUUUAGUUUUGUUUGUUUGCUUUUACCAGAAAUCUUCAGUAAAAUUUUUAAUAUUACUGGUAAUAAUUUUUCAAUAUUUAGUUAUGGUAUUAUUUUUCUAGUUCAAUUAUGGACUGUAAAUAAUUACCACUGGUACCUUAAGCAACAGCUUGAAUUCCCAGCUUCAUUGAAAGACAGAGUAGCAUGUUUUACGUGGGAUCCUGAAGUCUCUUUGAGGAUGCAUUUAAUGACGAAAGGUAAGAGCUACAUAAAGAGUAUUGAUUAAAAACUCACUUUCAUCCAACAGGGUAUACAUUAAGUCAAGCACCAGUUGUUUUUGUUUUGGAAUGCUUGCAUCAUUAAAUGUUGCAAUCAGAUUGUUGGUUGGUUCUCUUGUAUGUUCUCAUAAUGUAGACACUAGCUGUUCCUUGUCAUGCAUCAGUUGAACAUGGGCCUUUAAGUCAGUUUCUUUAUUACUUCUAACGUUUGGUAACCAGUUUGCAGUUGCUUUGUUGGCUUUAAUAAAUACUUUUUUGUGCCAAUUUUUGGUGUUAUGAAUUUUUUGGUAGGAGGACAAUAUUUGUGUUAUGACUGGUGCUGGGGUACUGUGCAUAGUGAGGGAGCCUGUGAACAGAACAUUUCUACAGUGGCAUUGAUAGAUGGAGGUUUGUACAUUGAGAAGUAUAGUGCACCACAAUGUCAAAUGCAAACCAGUUUAAUUUAGUUUAAUUUAAUUCAAUAGAAUUAAUUAGCUUAGCCAGAUGUGGCAGGGGACACCGCAGAAGCGUGCAGUAUUUUGUAACACUUUAGUAAUUCGGAGUUAAACAGAUUAAUCUGGUGUAACCAGUGUUACCCUUUGAUUUCCUGUGAACCUUUGAAGAAUCUUCUAGAGUGCAUUUUGAUGGUCUAGAGCACAAAGAAGUCGAGCAAAGUCAAGGAAGUCGCACAAAGUCAAAUCAGACUGAAUAUGUGCAACUUGUUGCGUCAAGAAUAUUCUGUUGCAAAGACAAAAAUUUCACAAAAAUUCCCCAGUACAUACAAAGCGAUUUGUCGCUCUGAUGUGUUGCGUAACUUGUCGCCUUGUGCAACUUGUUGCAGUCACAUGUUGCCUAGUGUAUUCUGUGCCGUUACAGUACAUAAUGUUGAUUAAUGUUUAUUAUAUAUCCUUAUUGUUCGCAGCUAAGUUGCUCCUUACACCAAUGAAACACAUGGUCGUUCCUCCACCGAUGUCAGCCCUUACCAUAGAUCUGCCAUCACCAGCAUCAAUUGUUAGCUUUGGUCCAGCACCCAUGUGUAAUGACAUGGCAGUUCUAUUGUCAAAUGGUAGUGUAGCUAUCUACAAAUCACCGUUAGAAAAUGGUGUCAAGGAAAAGUUCAAACCUCCAGGGAAAGCACCGACACUUGUAGCAACUUACAGGUACUAAAGUCAUGUAUGUGCAAUAGACCUUGUCACGGUUUUCGACGCCAUCUUGACAAGUAGGCAAACGCCUGAGAAAUUACAGUGUUUGUAUGAGAAUCUAAUGUGGAAUAAUUUCCGUAAAACGGCUGUUCUGAAAAAAACAUGACUUGUAAACUAAAGCUACCAAACAGAGGACAAACAGAGGGCGUACCUGUGCUUAUAUUUCUUCAGAGGCUUUCUUUAGAUUUUCCAGCUGUCAUCCUCGGGGUAGUGACCAGUGGCCGCUUGAUAGGUUUGUACCUUGCAGAAACAGCCUUCUCUCUUCGCUUGUCGUCGCUAGGGACGUUUCGCUGAGGCGUAGACGUCUCUACUGGCGAAACGACCCUAGCGGCGAGGAGCUGUUUUCGCAGGCUAGGAGGUUGGCCGCUUGAUAUUUAGCAUUUGAUAAUCUUUAGCAAAAACAUCGCUUUAUUUUGCCAAAAAAAAAAAAAAAAAACGCGCAAGACGCAAAAAAACAGGCAACAGCAUGCAACAGCGUUGCAAACGGACGCCACAAGUGACAUCCAACAAUGGUGGUAGAUGUUGUCCAACAAUGUUGCGUCCGUUUGCACGUACCAUAAAGCGUAAAAUUAGGUAUUUUUCACGUCGUAGUCGUGCAGUGACGGCAAGUGUGAUGCUCGUGCAGACGUUUUGUUUUGCGAAUCAAACUUUUUGCUUUUUUGCCGUUCUCGUUGCCGUCGUCGUCGUCGUUGCUAAAGCCACAACGACGACUUCAAACAACAAUAAUAUAUCAUCAGGUCCACCGUGGCCGUUUUAACGCUGGACUAAUUUUCCUUCCUCUUUUUGAACCUGAAUAAAAUUCUUAAGAAUUUAACUCCAGGAAAAGCCGCCUGUUUGACAUAUUGAGCAGAUAAAUAGCUAUUUUGAAAGAACAAAGACACGCAUGGUGGUUAUGAUUGAUGGUUGAGCAGUAAAGAAUACGUAGCAUAACCAUUAGUGUGUUAUAGUAAGUUACCAACUUUAAACAUCAGACUAAAUAUUUUUAAUAUGUAUCUUUAAUUACUCUCAAUGUUAUGACUGAUGGCUGAACGAUGAAGAAUAGGUAGCGUUAGUGUGUUAUAGUAAGUUAACCCUUGUUAAAAUCAGGCUUAUUACUUCUAAUAUGUAUCUUACUUAACUGUUGUAUCUAACAUGAUUGAUGCUUCUGCUUUGAAGCGUAGACACAACAGAUGAUCCGUCGAUUUGGCGAGGUCCUUUGAGCUGGCGUCAGUUAAUGUGGUGGAAGGAGAGUACACUUUUAGCCUUGGGAUGGGAUUCGAUGACUCAAGCAGACAUUAUUUGUGAACUAGAGAUUGUGACGGAAAAUAACAGCAACAGAAUUGUUAUCAGGUAUUCACUUAAUCGUAUCCCAUAGUGAAAAAAAGCACUUCAUUUGAAUGUCCAUGUAUUUAGCACCAAAGUAACAAUUGAGGACACUAUUUUUACGUCUCCUACUGGAGACGGGACCGCCAUUUUACGUCGUCCUUCUUGCCACGCGAAGGUCUAGCCAUUUGCAGGGCAAAGGCAGUACCUUCAUUUCUCAGUCUUUUUUAGACCAUGAGUAUUGGUCUAACCCCCGGGGAUCAAACCCGGGACAUUCCCCUCUGCAAACUAGCGCUCUACCCUACCGGUACCUCCUUUCCCUUCCUCCCGGGUACUCACUUGGACCGCCUUUGUAUCCAUUUUCAGGCACAAGACAGCAACUGAGGAGCCAGUCCUUCGCCUGUGUUUAAGCUCCUAUUCAGGAUCUGUGUUUGUUGAACUUAUGAGCGGAUCACUGCUUAGAUACAGCUCAGGUAUUUCUCUAAGCUAUCAAGCAGUUUUAAAUCUGUGAUCGGCGGCAAAAUUUUGCCCACUUCAAAAGGGUAAAAUGAAGCUUCCCCUCCCCACCCACCUCAUGCAAUGUUGUUCCGCUGUUCUAGCUUCCUUGCUUCCACCCCAAAUUUGAAUGGAGGGGAGGGGUAGGGUGUGGAUUAUUUUGUUCUCCAAUGUUACCCAAUUUGAGGACAAACUCUCGACAACUUUGUCGCCGAUUUUAUCGUCGUGAGAAAGUUGUCUUCGUUUAAUAUUUAUUUCUUUAAUAAACAUCUUUCUCGGUUAAAUGCCACCUUCUCCUCUAAUCCGACCAAAAACGAACUUAAUGGUGGCUUUCGUGUUAAUAGACAUAAUUGGAAUGUCAGUACAUCAUUCGCACUUCAGUGCGUGCCAUAGCUUAAGGUCGGUUAUUAAAACAAAGGCUACUGAGUUCAUACGGCACCGGACGAAUUUUCGACCGGCUGAAAAAUUUGACCGGACACUUUGUUCACACGGAACCGUUCAAUCCUUUCGCGCUGUUCACACGGAACCGACCAAUCAGGUCGAAUUUAAUUUUUUUUGUCAGUAGUUUUACCAUCUGUCCACGUGCAGAGCGCUUCUAUAGCAAAUCCAAACUGGCCUCUCCCAGCUUAGUUACCACGCAUCCAUGCAACUGCGUCUUUGCGGUACGAAAUUUUAGACGGUUAUGGCGUUCACACCUGGCCGAUCAAAUUUUUCGUACAAAAAGUUAGACGGUUAUUUGACCUCGAUUUUGGUGUUCGAAUGUUUGAAAGGCUAAGUUUUACCAUCUGCCCAUGCGCAGAGCGCUAAUAUAGCAAAUCCAAACUGGCGUCUCCCAGCUUAGUUACCACGCAUCCAUGCAACCGCGUCUUUGCUGUACGAAAUUUUAGACGGUCAUGGCGUUCACACCGCGCCGGUUAAAUUUUCGACCGUGCCGGCUUAAAAUUUGACCUCGAUUUAAGCGCUCGAGUUUUUGAACGGCUAAGAGUUCAAAUUUUCGUACGGUUAGCUUGGUUCCCUGUGAACGGUACAGAUAAAUGCACGAAUUUUUCGGCCGUUCAAAAAUUCGUCCAGUACCGGUUGAAGUAGCCAAAGUCUUCUUAAAGCGCGUUUUAAGAACAUUAGCAAAUCUUUUAUCAUUCAUCUCACCAGAACUUUGAGAAGUACAUCCCAGCCAUCAGCGCUGAGAUUCAUGGGAUCGUCGUUUUGGUAGCUGUUAUGGGCUAUGAUUGGUUAAUGGUUGCCUUACAAACCUCGGACCUAUCAAAACCUAAUUUCGUUACCUAUACGAUCCCAGGAAUCCUAGAGCCGAAAUAAGUACCCUGUCUUUCCAUGCCUUGAGGACUAGCCAGCCCUUUCGUGUUUUCAUUUAAUUAUUAUUUUAUCCUCUUUUGUUGUAGAUUCAAACCAAGCUUCGUUAUCUCCAUGGAUAAACAGCCGAGGCGAAGAAGUGUCGCUUCCGCAGCCUUGCCAAUGUGUGAAGAUCGCUUUUGUGGGCAACGAGGUUUGUUAUUUGUGAUGCCAAACAUUGCACUAAUACACAUAGGAAUUAAUUCGUUGCCCGUCCCGCUGAACAACGAAGGCUGUGAGGAAGAGAUUUAGGAUACAUAGCUGUAUGCUUAAGAAUAAAUUACUUGCACACAUAAGCGCUUUUCCGAUUAUUUCUUCCGUCUUGUUCGAAAAAGAAAAGCAAAACUAAGAUUGAAAAGUGAUAACAUGUUGCUGGCUUUCAUUAACCAUAUAUGAGUACCAACGACGCGGCUCUUAACGUUUUUGAAGCCAUCAUCAUCAUCAUCAUCAUCAUCAUCAUCGUCGUCGUCGUCAUCAUCAUCACCGUCGUCGUCAUCAUCAUCAUCACCAUCGUCGUCAUCGUCGUCGUCAUCAUCAUCAUUAUCAUCAUCAUCAUCAUCAUCAUCAGGCCGUCAUGCUGCCUGUCCAACCCGUCCUGUUUUGUGUUGUUGUCCUGACCCUUACUCAAGACUUGUUCCGUUCUUUCUUGAAGGUCCUCCCUCGAGUCGUCCUCGUCCUUACCCUCCCUCUUCGACCCUCUGACCUCAGUCCAACCUAGUGCUUUCUAUAUGAAGUAUGUAAAAAAUAAACAUCAUUUAAUCAGAGUUAGUAAUACCGUUUCAGGAGGUUGCGUUAGGUCUUACCCAACAUUCAAGAUUAUAUGUUAACAGCAAAGAGGUGAGCCUAGUUAUUUUUCUCUUUAAACUUAAGCUUUGAUCCCUUACACCUUAGUAAAUUUAAGUCCGUGCUAUGAACCGGCCUCAGGUUAAAUUGCUUUGAAAAGUGGAUUGGUGUAAAACCACAGUCGAACACCUAUUGAUCUUUUUUUUGCAGUGAAAAUGAAAGCAUAUUUGAUACUAUAAAGCGUAAACGGUAGAUAUUGCCGUCAACAGAUCGUUUCCUUCGUUUAUUACAGAGACAAAAAUCGAGAGUGGCGCCAUUUUCUGUCAGGCAAAAUUUACCUCGUUCUCGUGCAAGCUAGUAGCGAGCUGAAUUAACGAGAGAGCUAACAUCCAAGCCGUCAUGAAUGGCGACCGAAGGUUAUGUUUCCGCUUGACGGAACACAACUAGUUUGAAAGCUUUUUUUGUGGCUGCUCCUUUAAUAUUACGUUUUGGAGUCUGACGACCCGAAAGAGAGAAGAGUCAACUUUCGGUUGUUAUUUUUGAUGGACGGGACGGUAACGUUUGUUAAAUCUCACUCUUUCUCCCUUGUCUCGAACCGUCCACGUUCGAUAUAUUAAAAUUCUAACGUGACUUCGAGGCUGUAAGGUCAAAAUUGCAAAUUUUUCAAGACUCCAUUGUCUCACAAUUCCCAGAAGAGACUUGAACACAAAGAAAAGCAAACCAAAUAUAGAAAAAAUGACCAGAAAGCCUUGGAGUCAUGUCAGAAUUUGAUAUACCGAACGUCGGCUAUUGGAAUACGUGCUUAAUCUGUGGUUAUUACUACUUAACUUGAUUAGCAAACUGAAACACCACAAUACAGUUGAAAUAUUGAUAACCGACAUCAGAAAGUCGUAAUGGCUGAAUUUGCAUAUUUUCUUAUCGUACACGUCAUUUUAGGUGGCAUCAAACUGCAGUUCAUUUGCGGUUCACGAUGAAUUCUUACUACUAACAACUCAUGCGCACACACUGCGUUGUAUCAGCCUAUUACCAAACACUCAAGGUAGGACCCAGUUCUCUGUCAGCGAAGGCCCGAAAAAUUGGUGUUGUCAUAAAUUCAGUAAAAUGCAUACAAAUGUCGUUUUUGUGUCAAGCAAAUGGUAACGUGCGCAAUAUGCGAUAAAUGUUUGAUGUCCAGAAUUGUAGACUAAAUCGUAAAUCAGUUUGUCGUUAGUUGAGAUUGGAGGUGGGUUGUACCUAUCGGUACAAGCUUAGGAGCUGUUUACGUGGAGAAAGGAAGAUCCUUGAAGGCGAAACAUCUUUUCGUUGGGUUUACAUGCAGAAAUUUUGUCCGUGUGGUUACCACGUAGAGAAGGAAAGUGAAGAUGGCAGGCGACUAUGACAGACGUGCAAUUUGCGCCCUUCUGCUCUCUUUUCUCUCUUUGCUGGUUCAUUUUAUCCCUUCUUCGUGGUAGGCUCGAUUUCCGCCUCUCCCUCAGGUGAGGAGCGCUGGCUCAUUACCCGAACAAAGGCCUGUCUUCGUGGGAGACUGGAGGAAAACGUCAAUCUCAUCUUCCUCGCGAUCGUGGUCGUCUUUCAACUCAUCCGGAUAUAUUUGACUCGCAGCGUUUAUGACAAUCAGUCUUCGAUUGCUUGAUUCUUUGCCCAGCACUUCCUAUCUUGGGAACAAAACGGGUCCCAAAUAUUGCACCCCGAGGCACAAUCAUCAGCGCGUAGUAACGCCAAACGAAAUUGUCGGCCUUUGUUACCGUGAUUGCCAACUCAACGACCCGCCGCCAAUUUUUUUUCUAGUUUUCCCCUAGUACUAGGAUCUUCCUUGAGAAACAAGUUUUCAUGAUGCUAGGUUCUUCCUCGUACUAGGAUCAUCCCACUUCUCAGCUAGGAAGAUCCUAGCGCUAGGGACAAGUACAACCCUUUGAAUACAAAAAACAUACGACACUGAGAUGGUUCGCCUUCUAGGAUCUUCCUGGUGCUAGAAACAUCCUCCCUUCAUGCAAAGAGCCCCUUAGAUAGGCCCGCGGGGUGCAAUUCUCUGGUGUAAUUGCUCUUGGGCUUUGUAUUUUAGAUCUAUUUUCAUUUCAUAUAGGGUUACCAACGUUAGUGGAAGACAAACCACACCCUUUAGAUGAAAACAUCAGGAGUGUCGAGAGAGGUUCGCGAAUAGUAGUGGCUGUUACACAAGACACUAAAGUCGUGCUUCAGGUUUGUGUUUUUAAAUAAUAAAAAUACACAUUUAGAUUAAGCCAGAAUGAUAGCUUGCGUAUAGCAAGCUUUACGGAUAGAGUUAUUGCGCGAAAAUUUUUCACCUCUCUUUUUCGCGCCCUCGUUUCAACUUUCUCGACGAACAUGCGCGGAAACGCUUGUUACGCAGGCUAUCAGAAUUAUUUUCCAUUAACAAACAUUUUAUGGCAUUUUAUUUUAAAGAGUUUUUUCUAUUCUCGCUUUAAACCCGAUGAUUUAAGUACCCAAAACGUAAACUUGCUUGGAAGUAUGAUCAGUGAAUGUAAAAAUGAUUUACUAAAAAAACGGUAUAUUAAAAAUAUUUUCAUACAUUUAUUGUAUCGAGUGGUUCGUUUCAACCUUACUUGGUACUUUUUAAAGUUCUGAAUGAGCCUGUAUUACGUGCAGUGCUUCACACUUAGCUAAUGUUUGAGGCUUAAAUCUUUGUUGUUGCCAGAUGCCUCGUGGAAACCUGGAAACCAUUCAUCCGCGCGCAUUAGUAUUGUCUCAUUUACAGAAGUGUUUAGAUGGGUAAGUGUGCUAUUUUGUACGUUUAAACUGAAAACGUCGAUGCGUUGCUUUGUACUGUGAAUCUUAGAUGAAACUGUCUACACUCGGGACCCGAGGAAAGAAUCAUCCCACCGGGGAAUCUUCUGUUGUCUUUCAACGGCACUGGAAAGAAACGGGAUCACAACGUCGACCCUGAAAUAUAUCUGCGUCAUUUACAAAGCGUGAGGUCAAUAUGGCUGGAUAUUCGCCAAGUCCUUUUUGCAUUUUUUUCGAACGAGACAAGGAACGAGGCCAAUAUUCAGCCAUCUUGACUGAUCAACCUUGGUCAAUAAAGGAUUUAUCAAUAUUGCCAAAAAGAGAACUUUUUGCGGGACCAACGCGGAAAAUCCCGAGCGGGAAGUUGGGUAGCCAAUCAGAACGCAGGAUUCGCUUCAUCUUGCCCACUCGCAGACUUAGCCAUUUAAUAAAAGGUUUCAUUAACUGAAGAUCAUACUAUCAAAUGACUUUAAAACAGAGGAGACUAUGAAGGACUUGACUUGCCACUGGUGAACAAUUCCCUUCCAAAGGCGACGCGAUGGCCACUGUCAUUUUGCUGAUGAGGAUUAACGAAAUAUCCUAAUUCAGUAACUUAAAUCGCUUUGAAUGGGGAACUUUGUUUGUCAUGCCUUUGUUAGGUCAAGGAAACGACAUUUUUAGUUGUGCGUUCUUUCAGACUAAAACUAGAUUAAAAUCCGACUUUAAGCCCUUUCUCUGUCAGAGUGAACGAUCGAAUCUCGUAUGGCGGUUUUAACUAGUAAGUCUAUGGAUAAAAUCCCAUGGUGUGACCAUUCAAAUGAAACCUCUUCAGCACUACUUUCACAUGGUACUACUUACUUAGUAUGUAGUUCUGACAUUUGAGUCGGUGGAUGAAAUCCUAUGGUGUGACCAUUCAAAUGAAACCCCUUCAGCAGUACUUUCACAUGGUACCAUUUAUUUAGUAUGUAGUUCUAACUUUUGAGUCUGUGGAUGAAAUCCUAUAGUGUGACCAUUGAAAUGAAACCUCUUUAGCAGUACUUUCACCUGAUGCCACUUCUUUUUCAGCAUUUUGCGAAAUGAAAUUUAGGUAUUUUGUUGAAUUUUCACUUUGGUCAACUUUAGGAGUGAAAGGGUUAAGAUGAAAAGCAGAAAUGUGAGUUUUCUAAAGUCUUAUGUUUCCUUUCUCUUUAUUCAGUCUUUAUUAUCGGGAUGCUUUCAUAGCCAUGCGGCGACAUCGUAUUAACUUGAAUUUAAUACACGACCACAAUCCUAAGGUGAGGUAAAAGAUAAUAUGCAGGCCUGGUCCGCUCAUUAGCCAACCUUGUUUCAGAGUGUAACGUCUAAAUUUUGUAGCUCAAAAGGUGUCGAAAACUUCUAAUGUUUAGGCGUGGUAGUAUUGUUUAUCGCUUUUUAGAAAGGAGAAAAGCUAAUUUAGUACAAAAUUACGAAGAAGGGAAGCCAAUGUAGUAGGUAAAGAAGUAAGAAAAUAGAGCUGCCAUUAUGGUUUGCACUGAUGUUUAGUAAUUAGGGUUAAGCACUGAUUUAGAUCGGUUAGCUCAGUUUUAGUUACCCUAUUUGAAACUCCACAGAAACACUAUAAAAUGACGGUCGGCUGUUGUUACCGAUUGCACUCAUUGCUCCUUUAAUGUAGCGGUUAAGUACAAGAGAUAAAUGUAGAAAACUGGGUUCAAGUCUUCCCGACUCUAUGCUUUUGUCUUUCAUCUUUUUUCAUUACAAUUACUAAUGAUGUCCACUCAUUCUUCGCAAUGAUUAAGGCCUAGGCGAAACGUCUCUUAACGACUGGUUGCUCCAGAACUGUUGUGUUAGUCUUGACUUUAACUCGUCGCAGAAAACCAUCACUGCCUGGUAGAACUUCGAUCACUCUUGCUCACGGCUAGCAACUCCGCGGGUUAGUCUCGUCAGCUACAAGUACAAUGUCUCCCACAGCUAAAUUUCGACGCGAAUUGUACCACUUCUGUUGCUUUUGAAGCAAAGGGAUUUUCUCUCUAGACCAGUGUUUCCAAAAUUGAUCCACCAAAUACUGGAUCUUGCGCCACCUCCGUCGGGAGUAGUUGUCUUCCCUUUGAAAAAGACCUGGUGGUAAAACAGCUCCUUACCGUAGUAGAAGCAAGUGAUUAGAGGAAAGCGCUUCUAAGUCUCUGGAGUCUUCACAAACCUUCGUGAUGGGUCGACCUUCUAUAACCUCCUCCACCUCGCACAUGAGAGUCAGCAACCCUUCAUCAUUCAGGACCUGUUCAUUGAGAAGAGCGUUCAGGAUCUUGGGAGUAGUUCUUAUACACUGUUCCCAAAUACCACAGUGGUGCGACGCUGCUGGGUGGUUAAAAAUCCAUUGAACUUGUUUUUGCAACAGAUACUCAUGAACACGCUGUCUAUUCCACUUCUGAAUGCAGGUGCGCAAUUCCUUCUUACCACUGACGAAAUUGGUCCCAUUAUCAGUCCUUUCUAACACAGGCUUGCCUCUUCUCGCAAUGAAACGGCGAAGAGCGUUUAUAAAGGAAUCUGUAUCAAGCGAGUGCGCGAUUUCGAUGUGGACGGGCUCUGAUCGUCAGACAUGUGAAAAUACAGCCAUAUAGAAACCUCUUCUCUUGACUUCUUCCUUGCUUCACCAUAAAUGGGCCAAAGAAGUCGAUCCCAGCAUGACUGAACGGAGGCUGUCAGGGGGAACACGUUCCUCAGGAAGAUCUGCCAUCUUUUGACUACACACAGGAGCUAGUCGCCGUCUGCAGCUGAUACAAUUGGCGAGAAAAUUACGUACCACUGAAUUGGCUCGGAUAAUCCAGAAUUUUUUUCGUAGAAGUGACAGAACAUACUCUUUCCCCGAAUGACCAGGUGCAAAAUGAUGUACUAUCUGUUCGGAAAAACGUUCGAUCAACGGUCAUUCCUAACUCUCGUUUUAUCAUCUUGUCAAGUCUGACAGAGACAGUUGCAGGAGAUAGUUCCAAUCGUGGUACAGUAAUCCUCUUGCCUUGAACAUCAUCUGACAUAAUCUGACCUGAUUCGUUCACUAAGCGAAGAUAAGUGACUGCAGUGUAACCAACUUGCGAAGCGUCGCUGAAGUGGUGGUGUUCACAGCUGCUAGCAUCUCCAAAACCACUAGGCUUAAAACAGGGAUUAACAGAAGAUUCUUCCAACCGUGGAAGAUCACGAACCCACUGUUGCCAGUUCUUCAAGUGUUCGUCAGGGACCACCUCGUCCCAUUUCAAUCCGUGACAGCACAGUUUUUGCAGGAUAACUUUAGUAAGUAAUACAAAAGGACUGGCGAACCCCAGGGGGUCAUACACUGAACUGACUAAGGACAAUAUACCGCUACCAGUAGGAGGCUUCUCUUUAACCUUCACUCUGAAACCAAAUGUGACUGACUCUAGAUUCCACUUGACGCCAAGGGCCCGUUCAGAAGGAAUGUCUCCUAACUGAAGAUCCUUCAGACUUCGCUCUCUCUCUUAUUCAGUAAUAGUGGCAAGUCUAGUUCACGCCAAAGGUCUUUCGGGAUUCGUAGACGCACACUGAUGCUGGAUUAUUCUUAAGUCUCUCUUCUUAGCAAGCCUGAUAGCUUGUGAUGGUGUACUCCGUGUCCAUUCACAGAUGUCUGUUAUCCAACAUCUCCGUGGUCUACCCCGCCCUCCCUUUCCAGGAGCUCGACCAUGCAUGAUGGUGUUAGCCAGUCUAAGCUCACUGGGAUGUCUCGUGACAUGGCCGAAAAAUUGCUUUUUGCGCUCUUGCGCAAUAUGAAUUAGGGGUUUCUGUGCUCCGGCUAAGUCUUCCACCUGUUCUUUCACUGACUCGUUUGUGCGUCUGUCCUCCAAAAGAGGCCCAGUAAUCUUCUAUAACACUUAAAUUCAAACGCGUUGAUCUUCUUGACAAUCUCUUCAUUGUAUGUCCAGGAUUCGUACCCGUAAAGUAAAACAGAAAUCACAAUCGAUCGUAGUAACCUCAAUUUUACUCCGAAGCUAAUAGUUUGGCCUUUCCACAAUUUGUUCGAUUUAGCUGAUGACGACAUAGCCAUUACUGCUCGUAUCUUUACUUCAUUCGUCGAUCUACCUGAAUCAGGCAUACUACGACCCAAGUACUUGAAUUGUUUAACUUUCUCUAACUGUUUCCCAGAUAACUAACAGGUGUUCUUAAUGUCCCUGGUGUUUCACCUACUGCAAGGGUCUUACUUUUCUCUUCACUAAUCUCCAUUCCGAAUCUUGUCGACUCUGUAUUUAAUUUAUUGGUAAGGUCUUGUAGUUCAUUGCUGUUAUUUAACAGUUAAUGAAUGAGGCUGAGUAUCUUAUGAAGAAUUAUGGAGAUCGAGGAGGGUGUUAUCCGUCGAGACCGUAGGCGGAGGCGGAUAACAUCCUCCGAGAUCUCCAUAAUUCUUCAUAUGAUACGAAAGCCGAAUUCACUAACUGUUUUAUUAUUCAUUCAAAAUAAUUCCAAGUUUAAAAACAUAGCUAAAACAUGCUUACCUCCAUCGAUCCAUCGAUGUUCAGUUCAUCUUCGAUAGUGUACGUUUAGGUUUGUUCAGCUCCGCAAAUAUUCUCCAGAUAGCAGAUGUCGCCCUUCGAGUUGUCUUCUUGCUGUUCUUGCCGUAUUUUUAGCUAUUUUUUCGCCUAGUUAUUACUCUUGAAACGAGUGAAAUGUCCGCCGUUUUUUUAAGUUCACAACCAAAACAACUCAACCUCGUCCCCAGGUCUUCUCGGUUAAGGGUGCCUUAACCUGCGAAAGCGCUGCAUUUUUGACGUCAUUUCCUCGUUAAAGUCAAAAUUCUUUCAAAUUUGGUCAUCAGUAGUUGGUCAUGGUGAAUUAAACGUGUGCUUUUAGCCAAUCAGAAUCGGGGAAAUAUUUUGAAUGAAUAAUAAUUGUGGUUAAUGCGAUGUCAUCAGCGAAUCGAAGGUUAUUCACCAGCAAUCCUUGAACACAAAUGCCACCUGUCAACUCUUGAACUUUUCUGCUUCCAAUCUCCUCCAGAAAGACAUUGAAAAGAUUUGGCGACAAAACACACCCUUGUCUCACCCCAACACUACAUAAGAAUUUCUCGCUAAAUUUAGUUCCAAUCCUCACUUUGUUUGUUGACUUCGCAUUAAGUUGCUCGAGUGCUCUCAUAAUGCUCUCAUCAAUUCCACAUUUCCUCAAUACUGCUCAUAUAGCGUCAUGCCACACCCUAUCAAAUGCUUUUCUGUGGUGACGAAUUCAAGAAUACUUUUGAGCCGUUUUCCUUGUACUCUUCGCACUGACAAUAUUCUGAGAUUGGUCACUUGCUCCGCUGUACUUCUUCCUGCUCUAAAACCUGCCUGAUAAUCAUCCAACACAGACUCCACAGUUGGUGUAAUUCGCUUUUUAAGGAUCUUUAACAUCACUUUGCUAGCAUGACUGAUAAGUGCAAUUGUUCUAUGGUCAGCACACUUAAGCGACGGGUUUUUUGGCCAUCUCUUAACAUCUUCUUACUUCGGGAUAUCAUCGCAUGUAAUUGGCAAAGCUGGCGUAGAGAAGACUGAUGGCAAGUCAAUAAACUCGUUCUCUUGCAGAUUGUGAACUAUCAAACUAACAACACUACAUUUGACCUUACUGUUCUGUUUCUCAAAAGUGGAUAAUGAGAAACUUGCCUCUUCUUACCCUUCAGCCCGAACUCGUUUAGUAGGUCCUCUGUGCAAAAUGUUGAGUUGAACACCAUUGUCCAAAAAUGCACAAGUUGUCACCAGGCUUCUCACACCAUAUUCCCGUAGCCUUUACGGGCACCACAGGCAAACAAACCGUUGCUUUUGACAUUCGAGUGGAGGCUCGACUUCAAUAAAACCAUGGUUGACCUUUGGGACAGCUUGUUCACCUCCUUGUACAGCGGGGAUUCUCUUGUUGUUUACCAGCCGGAACCUGAUCUUUGUUUGCAUUACCACCAGCUACAGGGGGAUGAGGUAACAAAGAUGAAUGUUUUCUACCACAGUCCUUGCAAGCUCCUUUCUUUCUGCAAUGUUGCACUCUUUGGUACAGUUUCAGGCAGUUGCAGCAGAGUCUUUUGCUUCUCCCAAACUGCGCGCGCUCCUCGGGAAGACUCCCCUUUAAAUUCGGGACAGUCAUGCAGAUAAUGAUCCCUUGUACACUUAGACAGUUGUUUAGAUUUCCAUUCUUUUCAUUAGGGGGAUCCUCCUUGCUUUCAUUGCUUCUUCCGUGCAUGGUCGGCAUCGUCCCCUUUGAUUGCAAGGCUUUUUCUUUUUUGUUUGAAUUGUUUACCAGAUUUUCUGGACACAGGCCUGCCCAGAGGGAAUGUGUUCGAAUGGGACUCAGGUCCCAUGCGAGGUGCCAUCCCUACCCAAUCCUACAACCCGUAAAGGUUGGCCACACCACCGGGGUCUACGACACCGACUCUUUUCUAAUAGUGACGUGGGUUCUUUUACGUCCCACAAGAACAAAUCAGUGAAAGUGCUGUGAGACGGGACCUACGGUCCGAGAAGACUAGAAAGUCUAACCACUUGCAGAUGUCAUUACAAAGGCAGCACGUUCUUCUCAGUUAUUUAAAGACCCUGAGUCUUGGUCCGGCCGGGGUUUGAACCCGCGACCUCCCGCUCGGCAGACCGGCGCUCUCCCAACUGAGCUAACCAGGCGGCGGUUAGGCUCGCAGGAGCGAGCUGAGAUGUUACCAAAAAACUGGGUGGGAAGCAGCACGGGCUUGUUUCUCGACAAAUACAACAAUACCUUCAAAGUUAAUGUCUCUGUCUUGAUCUUCUGAUAUCUGAUCAGCUGUGUUUCGCCACUUCUUUCUCAAAUCAUAAGGUAGCGUAUUGAUAACGCUCCUCAAGCUGUCUGGAUUUUCAAUCUUGCUCAACUUGUCAGCAAGGUGACAAAAUUCUGCAAUCCUUUUUUGUAUUCAGUCUUAAUUGCUGGCCCCUUAGUCACCUUAUCUACCUAAGCUGUGGUAAUCUUGUAACUCUGACCAUACCGCUGUUUCAGUAAUUUACGGGCUUCAGGACAACCUUCUUCUGGAUCCAUAGCUAAAUAAUUGUACAUCAACUCUUGAAACUCUCCUUCCGUAUACUGUACAAGGUAAUACAAUCUUGAACUACUACUCUGUGUCGUUGACUAUAUCGGAAACUCAAAUGCUUUCACAUAGUUUGAACAUUCAACAGGAUCUCCCCCAAAAACCGGAACUUCUGGCUUAGGCAGGGUAAGGUUAGUGCACUCUUGUAUUGCUGAUUAACAAGGCCCUCUGUGCAUUUUACCUGCUUCUCCUGGAUGUCUAUUAUUCUUUUAAUAGCUUCUACACUGGCUUGUGAUUGAUACAUUCCUUAUUCACGGGGGGGCAGAGAUGAAGGACCACCCAUAGACCCCAGGGUUGAGCCCCUUAUGCUCAACUUUAGUUGCUCCUGUUCCUUCACGUUCUUUGGCCUUGCAAUUUUGCGCAGAAAGUUCCCUUGACUUGAGAUCUAACUCAAAUGUACUGCCUCUUUCCAAAGCACCUGUUUCUGCAUACACUUGCUCCUUUGCUGCUAUCUGGAUAAGAUCAGACUUAAUUUUUAACUUCUUCUCUUGCAGCUGCAACUGAAAUUUUCUUUCUGCUAAAGCUUGUUGCUCCUCAAACAACUUCAACUUUGCCUCCAAGGCUCUUCUUUUGGCUGAUUCCUCAACAUAUCUUCCGUCUCACAGAACUUGCUUUGCUACCACUGGCAACAGAUCUAUCACCUAAACCUGCCUGACUGACUUAAUCUUCAGGUAAAACAUCAGAACCAGGCAAAUUUGCCUUUCCACACUCAACACCGACAAUCCAACCAGCUAUCUUUUCUCUCAAACGACUAACAGCAUGAUACUUGGCGUGAAAAUAAUCAUAAGCUUCCUUAUUGCUACCGACAUCAACAAGACGCUUCGUGUACAAUUCAUGAGCUCCCUUGAAAUUUUCAAAUGCUCGAUUAAGCUCCGAUGUUUUGUUCUUUACACAGUCAACGUCAGUACCAUUGAGUUAGAGUUCAUUCCUCUUCCUCGUAAGCACCGACCUAAAACCAGCUCUAGUUCUUUUCAGGUGGGUACUUGCUUGCACAUGUCUGGCUUUUUGACCACGAGGACCAACCACCUCGUCGCUAACUGCAUUUGCUUCGUCUUCCAUGGAUACACCGGCUUAUGUUUAAACUAAUGUAGCCGCCAAAACCACAACCUUUAAUUCAGUGAGCUGCUUGUAGGUGUUGCGUGUCAAACUCGUGAAACCAACUUUACGAUAAACAUGGUUUCUGGAUAAAAAUAUAAAAGACGAAAAUAAUACGAAAAACUUACACUAACACUAGGAAACGACGAAAUACAGAAAACGGUAACAAAAGAAACUUACAAACACGUGUAGAAACCUCCGGCUGGCUCGGUGAAAACCGAUAAAGGGAAAAAACAAAAUGCAACCUAUAUUCAAACAAACAUGGCGAACACAUUACAAAACCCACGACCACGCGGUCAAAAUACCGCUGAUUACGUAGAACCGAUGAACCGAUAUUUAACAAACAGAAAAUAUUAAAAUAAAAUAGAAGAAAUAAAAAAAGGAAAACAGAAACUACAGAACUAAACUAGUGAAUUACAAAUUUGUAUGCUAAUGUAUAUUUAGCCUCGUUCGGAAGAAAAUUUAUCACUUAUCUUAUUUAGCUGAUUGGCUCGACGCGUCCUAAGUUCGAAGUCUGACCCAACAAUCUCUGCAAUCCGAUCUUAACAUCAUCUCUCAGUGGUCAUCGCAAAACAAUAUGAACCUUAACCCGAAGAAGUGCAAGGAGAAGACGAUUUGUACUCUCCGAACUAGACCUAAUUUUCCACCACUUCUUAACAACGAUCGUCGCCUGGAAAACCUGCCCUCCUAGAAAGUACUCGGUCUUACUUUGUGUAACACCCUUAAGUGGAACGACAACAUCAAUGAAAGAGUUACUAAGGCAUCAAAACGUCUUUAUAUCCUUAGGGUUCUGAAGGGGGCUGGUGUCCCCCUAGUGACCUCAAUGUCUAAUUUGAAUUGGUACGCUCAGUUUUGGAACACUGUUGUGUCACGUGGUCAAACAGCCUACCUCUCUAUCUAAGUGACAAGAUCGAGCGAGUCUAGAAAAGGGCAUUGCGCAUCCUAUUCCCCAAUCCCCACUUUAAUGUUGCUCUCUCGUCAAAAUCACCUGUAGUGACAAAUCAGCCCUACCAAAGUGCCGUAUGGAAAGAUAUUAACGUACCUUUUUCCCCGCUCUCGCCUAUAAACUUGCACUUUCAUCAGUAGAACUUUUAGCGCCCCUUCUACUAUAGCGUCAGUACCAUAGUGUGAUAUUUAUAGUACUGUUUAAUAUUAGUGACCAGGUAUUUUAUCUAUUUUAUAGAGGCAUUAUUGUAACCCUGUUUCAGAAUAAGAAAUUGUAAACCUUCUGCCUUAUUUUGUAAACACAAUGUAAUUCACCGUCAGGUACUAGUUGGUGAUUUUUAGUAAACCUUUGUAAUUAUUGUGAAAGGUCUGAUCAAACUCAACCUACCUUUAUUAUUAUUGUUAUUAUUAUUAUUAUUGUUAUUAUUAUUAUUAUUAUUAUUAUUAUUAUUAUUAUUAGUUUAUUAAUUUAGGUCGACCCAAAUUAGAGUUGGGUUCGUCUCAUGGAAUGUUUGACGUUUGGCCUAGGCGUAAGUUUUCCUUAAAACUUAAAAACUUGUUUUUUUCUUCUUCGCUUCAACCGACAGCUCUUCCUAGAUAAUCUGGGGACAUUUAUAAGCCAGGUGGAAUCUGUGAACUUUAUAAACUUAUUUCUUACUGACCUCAAGUGAGUACAAUUAUUAUUUUUUUCUCUCUGUCAUCUGUACUUUUUGUUACUUAAUACGAGAGAAGCGUGUGAUACAUUCAGUUUUAGUGGCUCAGUGUGAAAGUUAACUAAUCUAGCGAAGUAUUGCGGUUUUCAUUUGUGACUUGUUUUACGGAUGACCCACUUGUGGUCAAUUGCAAAAUUCUCCUGGAGGCUGUCAUAACCGUGGAGGAUGUUGAAAGGUGCCUUCCGCGAGGCUUUUUUUUUCUUUUAAGGAAAGACCCAUUUCAGGAGAAACUUGGGUUCACGCGGCCGUCCCCUCCUAUCGGUGUUACUGGUGUUACAGAUCGAACCAAACCAUUGCCUCACUUUAUUUAUUUAUUUAUUUUGCUUGUUUUUUUUGUUUUUCUUUUUGAAGGGAGGAAGAUGUAACUGCAACGAUGUAUGCUGACUAUUAUACGGAACCAAGACAGACGUAAGUUUUUUUUAUUGUUGUAGACCUCGUGAGGGUUUCACUGUCGAUUGCGGUGUAACGACAUUGUUCUUUAAUUUUAACAGGUUCUUGGAGCCUGCUUCAGAGGACAGUAAAGUUGAUCGCGUCUGUGACGCGUUACGCCGUACGUUAGAAACUGCCGGACACAACAAGUAUGUUAAAACUGAAUUCCAUCGUAAGAAAGGUUAAACAGUAUCAUAUUGGUAUUCCCGGUAGAGAACUGGCAUUAACUUGCAGCCUAUUACUAGUUUUCUCUCUCACCCCAUCGAAAAUAAAAAGCACAACCGCAACAAUGGGAGAGUCUCCCUUUCCUUUUCCUCCUUCCCAUCACCCCUCGCGCUCCCUGCGGUCACGCUUCUCGCGUCCUGUCCCCCGCGCGCGAUUCCCGUAUCCAAAUAGAGAAGACUAGGGACGAGUCAGGUCGGGUCUUAUGUGAAAUGUGAUGUAAUCUUUUCAAGGGAAAAUAUUUGUAGCGGUUAAAAUAUUCUCCAGGUUAGCCUCGAUUGCAAGCUAGUACCAGUGCACUACCGAGGAUACAGCUAUUUCGAGAAAGGUUGUCGGAAAAAAUGCGCACGCAAUCAACACGCUGUUCCUGACACUGCAGCUGUCGAAUCUUCUAUUAUUGCUUUCCUUUAGCACUCGCAAACAUACGUCUAUGGCCUCUCGUGCCAUUCUUUCAAAUUUCUUUGAAGAACAGUGAACUCAAAACCGCACACAAUACCUUUCGGGAUUGUCGCGUGCACUUUUGCCGACAACCUUUCUCGAAAUAGCUGUAUAUAACAAUUAUUCACCAAAGUGGAGGUGGCUAGUGGUGGUAAUUUACGGAGACCGCGAAGCGGCGAGAUAAAUAACCACCACUAGCCACCGACACUGAGGUAAAUAUCCACCACUAGCCACCGACACUGAGGUGAAUAAUUGUUUUAGUAAAUACUAAAACAGUGAGAUAAUUGAGCGCAAAAAUGAUGAUUUUUAACUAAUUUACUGUUGCCAACGAUUACAAUUUUGGCGCGCAAUGACCGAACGGCCGCGGUCGUCACUCUCUCUUGCCUACAAAUAAAACUUUUAAAGGCAUUUGUUUAGCUCUUGCAAGGAAAUUUCUUCAAAAGGAGUUGUGAAUUCUUUUUGUAUUCAAAAUUAUUCUGUAAAAAAGAUUAUUAAAGUUAGCUUUAAGCUUAUUUAUGAUUAUUAACAAGUCAACUAAAUAAAGUAACGCUGUAAACAAAAAGUUUUUUCACCGGUUUUAUCGAUAAAUUCAAGUAAAAAAGACAAAGCUUUACCUGUUAAAACUUCCAAACCGAACUUCGUCACCUUUUUCGUGUAUUUCGACGACAGCUUGCUUGAUUAGUUGUGAAAUUUCUUUGUUUGUUUCGGCAGCAAACCGGGAAGGCAUUUUGCUCGCAACUUACGCGAGUUUGGCUUCGCUCGCUCGGAGGAACUGGAGGUGAAUCAGUGAAUAGUGCAGGAUAUUCACUGAUUGAGUAGCCAAUCAGAUCGCGCGAAAAACACUCUCCACUGUUUUACUAUAUACUAAAAAUAAUUAUGAGGCGAACGUUAUUUCGCGACUGCUUUCGAUUGGGUUUCAGAACCUAAUUCGCUUUUUAAGAUAGGCCAGAGUAUUUACGUAAAUUUAUGAACUGUAAAUUUGAGUCAAAGAGCCCUUAAUUGGUUUCAGCAGCUCAGUUCUCUUUGGCCAUUUACAAUGGUAAAUUCCAUACAGAUCUGUUGCUCGUUAAUCUGCAAUUAUGUGUUACGUUUUACAAUAUUUCCCCUAAAUACAUCUUUUCCAUAAUUUUCUGUAGGUAUCUUCUUUCCAUCUUAACGACGUACGUCAAGAGAACAAAUCCGGCGCUGGAAAAGGUUCUUUCCAUUAUCAAGGAUUUGAAAGGUAAACAUAGACGGAUGACAUUUCAGACUGAGGUGAACUAUACAAUCACGAUAACACAGAAUUUUAAAAUUGUCACGCGAUAGUAGUUUCAAUUCACGAGCAAGUUGUCGUCAAGAAUCAAGUCCUUGCAAUCGUGGUCUUAAAUCAAAUCUGAAGUUUCAUGUUUCAUUUCAUUUCAGCCAAUCCCGUCGCCUCAGCGGCAUUCGACCCUGUGACGUCGGAGGAGGCCCUUAAAUACGUGCUGUUUCUUGUAGACGUCAAUCAAAUGUAUGACGUAGCACUUGGAAUGUACGACUUCGAGUUGGUUCUUAUGGUCGCCGAAAAGUCACAAAAGGUAAAGGCACUGGGGUUAGUGAGUUUGCACCCUGCCGAAAGAGCCCCAUUUUUACUUACUCGAUUUGGCGUACUCUAGAAAGACUCGACAUGAAUCGAGUAAGAUCUUUGUUGAACAUGUGCUGCUUGUUGCUGAGAUACAGUUUUGAACCUAGGCCUGCCAGCCGUGCGCUUAGUACAGCAGGCUCAGUUAUGACCAUUGGUUUAUCAAAAAGCGGAUACUUAUACUCGAUAAACCAGUUUGACGAGAGAGAACAAGAUUGACUAGUCCAGCGGCUCGGGCUUCGGCGACUUCAAAGACUUGACGUGAUUAAGGCAGAGCCUCAUUUUCCCCUCCUCACUCAAGAAGACAAAAGGAGGCUUUGCUCCCAGGAUGCUUCAGGAGGGUGCUACUUUAAAAAAGGCUGAAGCGCUAUUUUAGGAAUUGCGCAUUUGCUGCACAGUGCCUUGUUGUCGCUAAGGUAAAGUUUUGAAAUUCCCAGGCCGGCGAUCUCUAUAUGAAGUCUUUUAAAGACUUAACUUAGGAAUCUUAGAUAUCUAUACUACACUCGUCUGAAAAAUGCGUUCUUGCCGAGGCUGCGUAGCGGGCGAUUUCGUUGGAGCGCGACAAGGACAAUUUGUUGAGAACCCGAAAACGUUAUUUUUUGUCAUUUUUGUUAUCCUUGACCUUUUCAGGAUCCAAAAGAGUAUCUCCCGUUUCUAAAUAAUCUUCGAAAACUGGAGACGAAUUUCCAGAGAUACACGAUCGACAAGUAUCUGAAGCGCUACAGCAAGGCCAUUCAUCACCUGAGUGUGUGCAGUAAGUUAACAAAACUUCCCUGGGUAGCCUGUGCCAUGUCAUGCACAGAUUACAUAGUGUGCACUACUGAGUUACAGUGUAUAGAUGUGAAUACAAGACAACAAUAGACCUUUUUCAUAUUCCGCUCCAGUGAACAAACAUAAAGAAAUGUUGUCGAGGCUCACGUGCACAAUUUCACUCAACUCAGUGUAUUUUGUCCACCCAAGCUUCAAGUAGGUGCCUUUUGUUUAACAGACAAACAAACAAGACACAACAAAACGAAAGAAAACGUUUAUCUUGCGAAAGCGUGGAGAAUUAGGGCUUUUAUGAAGCGUUAAAAUUUUGAUUUUAUUGUUGUUGUUGUUAUUAUUAUUAUUAUUAUUAUUAUUAUUAUUAUUAUUACAAUUAUUAUUUAUUAUUAUGAUUUUUCAGGUGCGGAACAUUUUGAGGAACUCGUCUCAGUGGUAAAGGAACACUGUUUAUUCAAGGAGGCACUGAAGCUUUACCCAAAAUCUAGUGAGCAGUACAGGGUAUGCACGUUAACCCUUUUAUUUCGCCUUUUAAGACAGUUUCCACUUAUUAUUAGUGGACUAUUGGAGUUGCUUUUAGUUACAUUUGAAAGAUCCUGGUAUAGAUCACGGUUUUCUUGAGAACGCCGUCUUUAACCACAAACAAACCAUAUGAGGUGUCUCGUACCCGUUUUCGCUAAAUUGUUUUUAUCACGAUAUUGUAAGUCAGUGGCUUCUUCGUAGGAACAAGGAAACUCCAACACGAGAGAGGACUAGGAGCAAGACGACGACUGACUUUCUAUUUCUAUACGUUCCCUUCUUUCCACAAAGUGGUUUUGGGUUUACGUAUCGUAUGGUAGAACAGUCGACCCUCUCCAAGUAAGAGGUGAGGAUUUGUUUGUAGAAAAGUAGUGUUUAUGUUAACUGACGCCAGGUUUUUGUGUGUAGGCGCUGUCGAUUGCUUAUGGAGAACACCUUUUUGAAAACAAGAGACAUGAUGAAGCUGGGCUAGGUAUCUUGCUUUUAACUUCUUCUCUAGAAAGAUUUGAGGUGUUGUGGGUUUUAACUUAUACAUUUUUAUUUUAACUUGUUUUUAUAUAUUUUAUUCAGUGUUUACUCGAUGUGGAGCUUACGAAGAAGCAUUGUCGUCUUUUCAAAAGAGCGGGAACUGGAGACAAGUGUUUUGCAUGGCCUCUCUCUUACGUCAUACGGAUGAACGAGUGAUUUCAUUGGCCAGAUCUGUGGCAGGUAUGAACAGCCUCUGCGUGCCAUUUCAUGAGAAUGCUAAGCCGGUUAUCUUUUUAAUGAUCACAGUCAGAGGUAUUGAGACCCAAAGCAUUAGCAAAACUCUAUCGACACUUAAAAAAAACGUUUUGUCAAAAAGUACAUUUUACGGUCAUUGUUUGUUCAAAAACGUAAAUGGCACCAUUGAGCUUCUCUGUAUGGGUAUCUGCGGACGUUGUUUUCGUCGCGCUUUUUCCAUCAAAUCGUCGGCUUUUCAACGAAAUCUUCGUAUAUCAAAAAUUGUUGUGCUGCUUAACGCCUGUUGCGAACUCAAGCUAUUACGACCACGUCGACGGAAACGAUAAAAUAAUAGGGUGCUUACGCAACGGCGACAGCGACAGCGACGGCAACGCAAACGCCAGAAUUAGCAAAACAACAACUUUGCACGUGAAUCACGCUUUUUGUACAUUUCUUUAUCGUCACUGCACUACUACGACGUGAAAGUGCAGCAGAUUUUUGACAGAUGUCUCUGUUCGUCAGUCGUGCAGUUAACACGAAUGACGUUGUAAAACUUGAUCAAAAUGGCAAUGCGAUCGUCGCUUUAAUCUCUAAAAUCGUUUCAUCAAGAGCUAUCGUGGGAAAUACUCAUCGAGUCCGACCAUUUGAAACUUGAAUUUCCCAGCAUUUCGAUAAAGUUCUGAACAGUCUACAGUUUAACACAGCUAUGUUAGUGAUCCAUGCAUGGCGGUGCCUGUACUCUGGUGCUCUUACCUUAGUUAAUAGGAAACCUUUCCCUGUACUUUUUGAGUUUGUUUUCUCGUUGGGCUUUUUCCUCUCUCCCAUGUCGAGUGUCUCAUUUUAUGCGAGUUUUAACUUGUUACAUGUACAAUAGGUUAUUUGAAAGGACACAAGCGGUCUCUCGAAGCUUCCAGAGUAUUGGAGGAAUAUGCCAAGGUAAAUUGAACUUGUAAGAGAUGAAGCAGUCGUUAGAUAGAUGUUAAGAAUUUCUUUGCGCAAGGUUUUUUCAAUGGCCGGACUUUGUUUAAAUAUAUAAUCCGUAGAGGGAAGCAUGGAUGCCUGCCACCAACAGAGACGUUUUUGGAGCGAGUGUCCCGUAUUCCCCUCAUCUCAAAAACCAACAUUCCAAAAUUUUAUUUGAUCUGUAAACCAAUUAUUUGGCGAAAACUAAAGGACUAAAGGUUUAUCAGAUCUUGAACUAUCAAGUGUCACCCUCUCCAAAUAAAGUUAGUUUGUUUUUUCAGUUGUUUGAUGUAAGGAAUCGUUAAAAAAGGUACUCAAUACGAUGAUUCACAGGCCGUCUUGUCUUCUUUAUACUCUAAAUUUUGCUCUCUUUGCCCAAGAAGAUCGGACUGUUCUUUUUCAGGACCCCGAGGAAGCCAUUGCCGUUCUUAUUGACGGGAUGCAUUGGGAGGAAGCCUUAAGAUUGGUAAGUUCUCUCAGUGAUAUCAUUUGAGAGCUUUAGAUUUUGAGACGAGGACGACUACGAGUAUGAGAUUUUCACAAUACUGAGUAUUCAGCGUGCAAAGAAAGUCCUGUCCGAUAGCCUGAGGCUAGGAUAUUUUGCUAUCGGUCUUGUGGAUUCUGUUCUUAACUUGCCCAUGGUCGUUUCUAUGCGAUUGUAUGCAAAUGGUGAAAAAAAAAAUUAAUAAAUAAAUAAUAUCUGCUUGGAAAAAUCUCGUCUCAAACAAGCGUUGUCAUUAAAAAUUUCAGCCAAAAUAAUGAUGAACGCGGUGAUUAUAUAGCACAAAUCAAAAGAGAAGAUAGUCAACAUGAAAUAUCUCUGCACCGUGCUAGUACUUUGACUGAGUAAUAAUCCGAACAGAAUUAAUUGAAAGGAAACUGCUUUCCUUCAGCCGGUGUGGUCAAAGAUAAAAAUAUUCAAUCUAAAAGAGACGAGAAGGAUUUUCAUGUGAAUAUUCUUGAUGUGAAAAGAAAGUGUAGAAAAGGAGGUGAAGGCGCUUAUUUGCAAGUUUUAAUGUGCUUUAGGGUGAAAGUAAUUCUCAAGAUUUUUAUUCGCUGAACGAUGUUCGACUCGAAGUUACUUUUUUUUUUCAUUUCUUUCAGAUGUAUAAGCAUGAAAGGAUAGAUAUCUUGGAGACGCACUUGAAAGGCGCCUUAGAGGAAGGUUUGUCCAGUAAUCUUGAAAAUUUGUAAUCAACAGAACCUAGCUUAUCCAAACAGCGUUAUUUAGCUUCCACCGGGAUUAAAUAGUGAUUUAUAAAGGAAAACUUGAUCCGUUCAGGAAGACAGUCAGUGCGCAUGCGUCGGAUAGGUCAAGAGUUACUUUUGAUUGGUUGAAAAAGUGGCGCGAAAUUUUUCAGCCAAUCGUAAAUUGUGGCAGUGUAAAAUCAAAACAAUCAUGAACUUACCAUUAGACUGAGAUAAAUCCCUUGUUCUUCUGGAUCAAUUUAGGUUUGUGGGAAGCUGCUCACCUACCCCUCCCCAAAGUCAACAUUUUGCUUUAAGUGAGAAGUUAGUGUUAAUGUUUGCCUAAGGGUGGGGUAGGUGAGCAGUUUCCCAGAAACCUAAAUUGCUCCGUUUUUCUUACGGAUAGUAUUUUACUCGCUCUACCAUCCCUGGAGAAAAUGUGGGUAGGACUUAUAAGGCUAACUUGCCACGGAGAGUUUUGUUAAAACCGUUAAACUUGUAACUGUUGUCUGGCUUUUAACUUACACAGCUUAUUCCCUUGUAGCUUAUAACCACCACAUUAGCUCAAUAGAAGAACAGAAGGAGUUAUUUGAAAAAUACACCAAGAGACUACAGGUGGUUAGAGAAUUAAAAGAACAACAAAAUAUAGAAUUCCAAGGUAUGUGAUUUACUGUCCUUACACUCUCCUUAAGGGAGUAGCCUGCGAAUGCAGACGUAUUUACAGUCGUCUGUUCUCUCCACCUGAAAAGUAACGUUCGCAGACGUCACCUUUUUUCGGAAAUAUACACCAAGUGUUGGUUAAACAAAAGAACAACAAAAUAUAGAAUUCCGGAAAUACGUCUGCGUUUAAGGGAGAGCCUAUAAAUGCAGGUUUUUCGGUCGUCAAACUAUGAAAACGUUCGCAGACGUCACUUUUCGGGUGGAAACAAGUGAAACCGGCUUUUACUGCAUAGAUGUGGUAUUUACAGAAAACUUUGUGUCUAUGUUUACGUUAACAGAGAGUGGACUGGCACGAGAAGACACAGAUCUUUACUCUGACACGAGCAGCGUCGGAGACAAUUCAGAAUACGCUUCUAGUACCAGUUCACGCGGGUCGAGAUCGUCAGGGUAGGUACAAGUGAAGACUUUUGCAAAGAAAUAUUCAGUUGCCAGAAAUCUUAACUCUGCUGCACGCCUUGUAUUCCAAGAAAGCAAAUUGUGUCUAGCUCCAUGUAAGGGAAUCCAAGACAUUCUUGGAUUCUGGAUUUCACGUCACGGAUUCCGGAUUCGAGGCAUUUGAUUCAGGACUCUUUUUCAGUGGAACGUGGAUUCCGGAUUCCUUGAGCUCUAUUCCGGAUUCCAAAACCCAGGACUCCGGAUUUCACGGCCAAUUUUUUCCGGAUUCCGAAUUCCACAAGCCAAAAUUUCGAGGACUCCGGAAUCCAGAUUCCCUUACAUUGGGCGAUGUGUCAUAUUACACCAUUGCUAAGAGCCCUACACUUGUAACCCGUCGCGUAUCGCACAGUUUUUAAAAUGUUAUUGUUAACUUUUAAGGCCAUUCAUGGACUCGCUCCGAGUUACAUUUCCGAACUUGUAUCUAUUAAAGAAACUGGGGGCAGAUAUUGCUUAAGUUGAAAUGACGGCAUACUUCUUAACUAUCCAACUUGCAAGUCUUUUACCACCCUGGGGUGAUCGAUCUUUUUAUAUGGCUGCCCCAAUAUUAUGAAAGGAUCUUCUCUUUCUUCUAUUAGAAAUAUAUCUUCAGCGAUAGGUUUUGAGGCGCAAAAAACACAUUUAUUUGAGAAGGCGUUUCCUAGCUAAUUUAUUAUUUUUAUUAUUAUUUAUUAUUAUUUUUAUUUAUAAAUUUUGAUUAUUGACUAGGAUUUGUAAAUAGGGUUUUAAGGAAUAAUUAGUCAUUGUGUUUAGAAUUUUAGAAUUAUUAUUUUAUGAAUUAUUUAGCAGAAUUGUAAAUAGGAUUUUAGGAAUAAUUAGUCAUUGGGUUAGAAUUUUUAGAAUUAGGACAUGUACUAGGAAUGUAUUGUUUUUUUUGUUUUUGUUUUUGUUUUUCUUAAAUGUAGAUUUUUUUAAUAGGAUUUGUAAGAAGGAUUUAUGUAAUGCGCAGAUGAAUAUAAAUUUUUUCUACAUUGAUAUUUGCGCAAUACAAAUUAAUUGAUAUUAUUAUCAUAUUAUUAUUAGAUCUUCGCCGUCACCGAACACUACCCUGCGUCCAAAUGUGAAUUAGGCUUUGAAAAGGUGUUUUUAAGGUUUCGCCUAAGCGCUUCUAUUUAUCGUGUAGUUCUCAAAACCUUAUUAGGGAGUUUGCACCGAAGACGGCGACGGCAGCGAAAACGUCACUUUAAAAAGGAAUUCGCGUUUUUUUCAAACUUUUUCCGCGUUUGUUCCAAUUCGCUUGAAAUGUCAAAAGUGCGCGAAUUUUCUGGAGUUGAUUUCUUGGGGACCACACUAAAUUUAACGAAGAGAAAGAAAAAUUCGUCGUCGCUCGUUUGCGUCCUCCAUUAAACGUGAAAUUAUGCAUUUUCACGUCGCAGUCGUGUAGAGACGGCAGAGAAAUGUACAAGAAAAGUGUGAUGCACGUGCAAAUUUGUUGUUUUGCCUAAUAAGGCUAUUGCUUUUUUGACAUUCUCGUUGCCGUCGCCGCCGUCGUUGCUAAAGCUCCCUGUUAUCUAUCACAGGAGAUCUUCAAAAAAUCGUCGCAAGGCAGCAAGCAAGAUAUACAGUUUGAAAGAAGGAAGCCGAUUUGAGGACUUCGCGUUGAUGAAAGCUCUUUCAGAUAUCAUUCAAUCCGUAAAUAAAUCCACCGGUAUGAACUCACUCCCGCUUCUUCCCUUUUCCCUUCCCUCCUUUUUAAAGAAGCAGCGUGCUAAGUGGUCAGCGCGUCGGACUCGCAAGCCGGCGGUCCUGGCUUCGAGUCCCGCUCUGGCCAUCCGCAGGAUUUGUUAUCGCUUGUCUCGAGUUCAGAUCCUAGGCAACGAUUGUAAACAGCCAACCGCUUGUCUCCUGUCAGUUGGGGGUUUUAAUCGUGCUAUGUUGUAUUUGAAUUAUAUGUUUUUAAGUAUUUGAGUGUCUUUUUUUACAAUGAGAACAAUGCCUCAAAACACUUCACUGGCCCCAGGGCCAAAAAGUCACAACCUAAUUAUUAAGCAAACGUAUUAAAAAACCCGUAGCAAAAAUAAAAUUCCAUUUUUUAAACAAAUUCGGGGUGAUAUGAACUUUAAAGGCACUUAGCAAUGACUUUUAAAAGCUCCGAAGUGACUUAUUACACGGUACGAUUUUAGCGCAACGCAUCGUUCCAGUGUUGGAACAAUGUUGUAACCAUUCCAAACAAUGUAGUAACAAUGUUGCAACGCUGUUUUGCGUUAAAAAUUGUUGUUGCGAAUCGUCGCGUGUAACAUCUCCGUUACAACAAUGAUCCUCAGGACGCGGCCUCUUUUAAGAUGAAUUUUUAGAAAAUCACGUUACCUUCUUAUUUGGGCUUUACUGUGCUUACAUUGCAGAGGACGUAGCUUCGUUACUCAAAAUGAUGGUGUUAUUUGAUCAUGAAGAGCAAGCUGGACUCCUUCAGACCAACUUUCAACAACUUAUCACAACGAUAGAACAAUCUAUUAAUAUAAUUUGGCCGCCAGAGGAACCCUCAGUCAACCAGGCUCAAGUAUCACAGGUUGGUACUGGAGGAGAGAAAUGUCGACCUGACUGAUCAUUUUAUUUUGAUGUCCUCUUGAAGAUGGCGGUCAUGAGGCCCGGGGUGGGGGAAAGGGUACUCCUGGGAAUUCUUGGUGGGGGUGUGCUACCCAGUUCUCCAAAUCCUGACCAUAUUUCAGACCAAAAAAUGAAAUUUUCCACACCGGUUAUCAGACCAUAUCGACCUCUAAAAUCCAUACCCGUUUUCAGUCCUGGCCUUUAGGCAGAAAUUAUGUUAUCAUUUCUUAGAUUAGAAUGCAAGCAAAAAAAUUCGUCAAAGCCAUUUCGAAUUCGCAUAUUUCUCCUUCUUUCUUACUCAUUUAGAAUUGAAACGAUAAAUAUGUUGAUUCACUCCCAUUGUUCGUUUGAAAACCAUACCCGAUUCCAGAACAAAAUGGACAAAGUGUAUACCCGCUUUCACACCAAAACGGCGCAAAAACCCUACCCGAUGGGGUGGCACAUAAGCGGUUGGCACCUAAGCGGUUGAAAAAGAACCUGAAAAAAUUCAGGCUUGACUGGGAAUCGAACCCUGGUCUUUGCGAUUGACCUAUCCCGUUCCAGGCUCCAAGACAGUAGUAGGGACAGAUCCAACGAUGGCGACGGUAACCAGAACGUCACAAAAGCAAUAGGUUUAAUAACCAAAACAACAACUUUGCACAUGCAUCACUCUUUUUUGUACAUAUUUUGCCGUUACUGCACGACUACGACGUGAAAUGCCUAAUUUCACGUUGUACAGAGGAAGUACACAAGCGACCACGAAAUUUCCUCCCUCUUUCUGAACUUGGAUAUGGUUCUUAGGAAUUCAACUUUGGCAGGGUUCGCUUACAUUUCAAAGAGUUAGUGACUUAGAGUAAUCGCUUUGAAGAUUGAAAGAACGCGAAUCCACUUUUUCAGCGACGUUUUCUCUACCGUUGCCGUCCCUAAUGAAAGUCCCUAAUGCAGUAACGACGACGGCAACGGCAGCGAAAACGUCACCCAAAAGGUGAAUUCGCUCUGCUUCAAACUUUAUCGCUCUCAUUCUAAUUCUUUAAAUUUGUCAAAAUGUUGGCAAUUUUUUCAGGAGUUGAAUUCUAAAGGACUGUAUCUAAGUUCACAAAACGAAAAAGAAAAUCGUUGUCUUGGGUUCACGCCCUCCAUAAAACGUGAAAUUAGCAAGUUUCACGUCAAAGUCAUGCAUUGAUGGGAAAGAAAUGUACAAAAAGGCGUGAUGCAGGUGCAGAGUUGCAGUGACGGCAAAGGAAUGUAAUAUAUAGAUUUAGCCAGGGCUAAAAGCGAGGCUCCCAUUUGUAAAUUUAUAAUUUAAAUUAAACAAUAAACUUGUAUUCGAAUUCCACAAUUCAGUUAACUUUAGAGCACAUUUAUGUGACUUUUGAGGGAAAGGCUACCUGAUUUUAGAGAAAAAUAAUUUGCAAACAGCCCAAGAGUGAACCAAAUCUUACAUCGAGUUGAUAGCCUCAUAUGUACACUCAAAAACUGGUAAUCAUCUUUUAUCACAUUUAAGAGCCGUAAUGGCUAUUGAUCACCGUAGAUCAAUUAGGCUUAGAAAAAAAAUCAGGCCAACGUUUUGGCGUUCGACAAGUUUACUUUGCAAAAUCUUGCCAACAAAUCUGGGUGCGUGUAAACCAACCUUUUAUACCAUGGACAGAAAGCAGUAUUUCACAAUACAAAUUGCUCUCAUUCAAUAUUCAUAAACUGUUAAAAAAAUUUUCCAAAAUCACCUAUACGGCCAUCCGGUUCUCACUUUUGUAGUGCGAGCUGUAGCGAGUGUUUGAAUGAACAUUAACAGAGUUACGCUCCAAGAUAAUAAAGAAUUUAUCAUGUUUAUUUUUUAUUUGAUGGUUUAACGAGCGGCAUUUUGAGAACUCCUGCAAGCGAUGUUCACUGAACGACUGAAAACAAUCGGCAUAGCGAUUAAAAUUGCAAGAGAGACUACUAACAAUCAAUAAAAGAAAUAGAAUUCGGUGAGACAUAAACAGAGACAACAAUUUUCAUUCAGGAAGACAAGUAUUAAAGUGUCCCUAAAUAUCCUGAAUCUUCAAGCUUCAAGCUUAAGUUUGCUGAAGUUUAUGUUUUAAGCCAGCUUCCCGGUGUUUGUUUUUUCAAAGACGAACUCGAGGCAAGAAAAUCGCUCAAAGCUUUCUUUUCCGACUAGAAUUAUAACUAAAGAUUCCUUGGAACAUUUUCUUUCUAUUUGCGGUGAGAAACUGUCUAAAGGCUUUUUAAAGUUCUGUAAGAUUAUAUCAAACCAGAUACUCGGUGAGAUCGUUGUCUCAAAUCUUACAAACGCGCAUAAACUAAAUUCCCGCAUAAACUACGCUCCACUCCAUUAAAUUAGAUACAAAAAACAAACAUGAAAUACAAUAAUUUCUCUGGCUUACCAUUCGAGAUGCAGCUCCUGAAAGUUAUCAGGUAAAGCCAGUAUCGCUUCAGACUUUGCAAUCCUCUUACGCAUCAAGCAAGAGGAAAACGAAAACGAUGCCAUCCGAAAUCGGAUUUCCGACUUUGACAAGCGACGUUUUCUCAACCAAAAACCCAAUAAACAAACUAGCCAUGAGUAACAGAAGACUCCUGAUAGCAGCUGAAUUUCAUUUUGUACAUCCAGUGGAAAAAGACAGUUAAAAACAUCACAAGUUGACACAAAACUCUGUCAGCUUCAGCUGUUAAAGUAAACAAGAUUCAAGAUGCUGCAUAAAUUUUGCGCAUUAACUCACCUGUCAAAUUUUGACCAAUCAGAGCAUAAAAAUUGGACGUAGAGCGUGACCAACGCGUGACCAUUGUGAGAAAAAACAAAAGCAACUGUCUUCCCUGCCUGUAACAGCUGGCUGAAUUUUCACGUCCGAGGUCAGUUUGCAAUCAAAAUUUUAAUUGUGCAGCACAUAAGCACAACAUAUUUCAUAUGAAUUAAGAAAAAAAAUUGAACUUGAGCCUGCGAUCACUUGAAAACUAGUUUACUUGUCAGCGGAUAACUUCAAAAAAUACUUGACCUCGACGGGUCGACACCUGAGCCCGCGAUACGGUCAAGUGAUACUGGUCAGCGGGUACUCUGUUUUGACAGCUGUCAAUUGAUCAAAACAUUGAUGUCCAAUAUGUGUGCAUUAUCAGUUUUCCUGUGCUCCCAAACUAGUAAAAGUAUGAGAUUGAACGUUGUUCGCGAUCUAGUAAAACAGUUAACUGGUCAGCGGACAGCUUCCAAAUAAAUCACGUCACCUCGAUGAGUUGACACAUGAGCCCGCGAUAUGGUCAUGGGAUACUGGUCAGUGGCUAUCCUGUUUGGACAGCUGUCAAUUGACCAUAUUGUUAAUGUCCUAUAUUAAAGAUGUGGGCUUGCCAAGACAAGCCUGAGACACCCCUCCCUUCCUUUUGAUAGUCUCCCCUACCCCACCCAUACAAUCUGUAGACGCGUACGUACGUACGUACGUACGUACGUACGUACGUACGCUCGGUCAAUCACGUGACAACCAAACGAAAAGAGGUUGACCAUAUUCCAUGGGUAUGGGGCUCUGUCCCACGCGCGCUUCGCGCGCGCGGGAGCCCCGCUACAAUUAAGUGUGAUGCACAUGCAGAGUUGUCGUUUUGGUUGUUAAACUUAUUGCUUUUUUGACGUUCUCGUUGCCGUUGCCGUCGUCGUUGCUAAAGCUUUCUAUUCUUUAAACUGACGUGUGGGUAGCGCUUCAUGUAAACCUGACUUUUGCAUUAUCUCUCUUUGCAUGAACUGCACGCGCAGUGUAUGCAAAUCUGCAUAUCGUACAAGGAGCAAAAGAUAUUGCAAAAGUCGGGUUUACAUGAAGCACCACCCAAAAGGAAAUUAAAUAGAUAUUAUGGUAUUUUCCGCUUUGACCAAAAGAAAUGCGCAUCCUUAGUCAGUGUCUAUCCAUAACCUUACACCGUAUAGUAUCUUAUCCAAAGAUAAACAGGCCCACGGGCCUUGUCACCAAUACAAAGACUCACUACAGCCAGGACUCGUUUUUUAGAAAAUCGCCCUAGUGACAACAGGUCAGUUUGGUGCCAAGCCAAAACGCAUGAAAACGUGAGCUUCUUUCCAAGCAUGCGUGUGCAACGUGCCAGGCAUUGAGAAAGUCACGUCACGCAAGUCGCGACUGACUUUUACUUUGCACGCACCUUGCUGUGAUUGGUCAAGGUCCAUAACGUACAGCACGGACGAACUCGUGAACAGGUAUGUAUUCUUAAAGAAUACUCUUAUGCAACUGAUAGUGGAAUAAAAUUCCGUAUUUUUUGCUUAUAAUCCUUGUGAAAGGUGACAGGUCCAGGAGCCACAGUGAACAGUAUCAUUGCAGCUUUGAGGAGCGACCAGAACAAUGCGUCAUUUAAGCCAAAAGGUAUUGUACCUCUUUAGUUCGUACAUUACUCUUCAAAGAGAGAAGUUUCUUCCACGUACGGACUGUACGCGAAUCCUUGUUUACACUUUUUGCCUCAUUAGCAUAGCCUUAUCAUUAUCUAAUGAAGCUAAUAAAAUGAAAUUUCUGAAUAUUGAAAGAGCAUAGCAAUUUCAGUUGUCUCUGAAAAUUUGAGUUCGAUAUACCAAAUAGUUUCGAAGAAAUUCGUUUUGAAAAACCCCACAAUUUACAAAGAAUGUAUUAGCUCAUUAUCGUUUCGCCACCCAAUAAUUUUGCAGUUUUAAUUGCCGCUAUUUUCUUUGUUACUGAUUGCAAAGAGCUGAAAAUUGCACAAACUGCAUGACGUAACCAGCUCUUUUAAUUUUGGCACCUAAUUGGUAUAUACGGCCACAUCUUCCACGGGUUAAUCCGUAUGCUAAUGACCAAAAAUGUUUGCCAUCGUGACUUAAAUUUGCAGUAAAACUUUGGAACUUGAAGUCCGAGGCCACCAUUGGGAUUUAUACGAAGUGAUAAAAUUAUGCUGUUGUAAUAUCGCGGAACUCGGAGUGAAAUGUAAUUGAAAGGGGACCGUAACUUUGAACAACUGUUGCUGCUACAAACAUCUGUUAUAACCGUUCAUCAGUAAGAUACCUAAAAUGCGUACAAUUCAAACAGUUCUAAACGUUUAAUUAAUUCAUGCCUUUUUAAUACCCUUUCCUCUGGUUUUACCGUCACAUACUGAUUAAAGCACGACUGAGGCCCGGUUCAGACGCCGAUCUCUUCAUGAGCCGAACAUAAUACAUUGAAGAAAAUACAUGAAAAGUUUGGCGUCUGAAUCAACUAGGCAGGACUAGGAACCCCUAUUUCAAUUUGGAGCGGCUCAGCCGUUCUUCUCGCCUAGCCCGGCCGGGAAUUUCGACUUUAGAACGACUUUGGAACGGCUUUGAUUCAGACACCGACCUUUUCAUGUGCCGAACCUAAUGCAUAAAUCCUUAUAACGUAUUUUGAAGGCGGUUUAACCGAAAUGAACAUUUUUCUGCCUUUGAAUUUAGUUCCGCUGGACUUAAAGAUCGGCGUCUGAAUCAACUCAAGGGAAUUCAGCCGGUCUAAAUUAUUUGGGUCGGCCUUAAUUCGAAUUAGGUUCGGCUCAUGAAAAGUUCAGCGUCUGAACCAGACCUGAGCCCGGGGGGGGGGGUACUCCCUAAUAUGGGCUAUAUAGGUAUGUGCGGCCCCAAAGGGUAGGGUUUUUCAGCCGUUUUGGUCAUAAAUUGGGUAUCGAUUUUGGCUAUUUUGCCGCCAUUUUGGUCAUAAAUAGGGUAACGAUUUUUACACUGUAGUCUUGAAUGCACUUUUUUAGAAGAAGCUACUUCCUUAUCAUGUCCCCCUAACCUAAUAAAAGCAGAUAAACAUUGCCUUUAACAUUGGUCUGAACUAGGGAAAUAAUUAUAAGGCAGGUCUGAAACAGGGUAUUGAUUUAAGGGUGAGAUCAUAAAUAGGGUAUCAAAUUUUUGGUUUGGUCAUAAAUAGGGUAGGGAAAAUCGCAGAUUUUGGUCAUUAAUAGGGUAAGGGUUUUGGGAAGCGGGCCGCACACCCCUACCCAAUUUUUUCUGCGAGUACCCCCCGGGACCUGAGUCAGUUCUAGGUGGCAGGUUCUUCCCCAUCAGCUUAUUAAAAGUUAUCAAGGAGCUUAAGUAACGAAGAAGGCCACGGCAACGAGAAAAUCAACAAAGCAGUAGGGUUAAUAAGCAAAACAACAACUCUGCACGUGUCAAAAAUCGUUGUCGUGUGUGUUCAAGUCGUGGUCGUGCAACGACGGCGAAGUAAUGCGGGUACAAAAAAGCGUGCACGUGCAAAGUUUUUUUUCGCUUAUCUAUUAAAAGCCCGCCGGUCCACACAAAUCCGGACAUUUUUUAAAGCACUUUUCUUUUUAACCGGAUUCGUCUGACCGGAGGUUUAAACCACUCCGGAAAGCGGUUUAAAGAAGAUGCGGUUUCGGUGAGCGGAUUCACUGGUUUCAGGUGGACGUAAGGUCGAUUCGUGUCAAAUGAUAUCCGGUUCAAUUUUCAAUAAUAUCGGAUUCGUGUGGACGCAGCUUUUGCUUUUUUGCCGUGCUCGUUGCCGUCGUUGCUAAAGCUCUCUACUGAGGCAACGGGUAUUGCAGAGAUAAAGAGACUGAGACGAUUAUCCAAGUUGACAUUGGAUAAUUUUUAAAUCCUGUAGAUGAACCUCAGAUGCCGAAACCACCGGUUGUCAAAAUACCUACAUGCUGGAAAUUAGAGCAACUCCAGUCAUUAUAAUCGUCAUGGACGCAAGCUAACGAGAUACGCUGCGAAACUCUCUCUCCCCUUCUCUCUGAUGGACUGCUGAAAUCCAACGAGCAAAGAGAGAUUGCUGGUAGUCUACCGAAGCUUUGCUUUAGGACGCCCACCUGUUCUCGUUCCCUUGACAGGGAAUCAUCAAGGGUGAGAAACAGGAAAAUGCCGAGACGAAACCAAAACCGCUCUAAUGGCCCAAAUAUUUCAGCAAAUAACGAUCAAUGAAGGAAUAGCACUACAUUAUAGGAUACAAGCCAGAGUGCACACACAAUUUCAAGAAUGAAAAAGAUCAACGCCAUGUUUUCGUUUGCCCUAUCAGUGUAUAUUACAAUAGACUUAAAACCUCAUGAAUAGAAAUGGCAGUCUUACUUUGUCAACUUAGAUGAUAGAAGUCAAUUCAGGAUUGGGCACAGCAAGUCGACGUUCCAACAGGGGCACCCAACGGCAAUUUUCGGGAAAAUAUCUGUUCGGAAGACGAUUUGAGAUCUAGAAUUUUCGGAGCAUUUGUUGUAAAAUUUCUUGCUUGCCUGCCUCUCCUAGGAUUUUCGAACAUCUACAAAAUGGUAUAAUUAC